AUGCUCUUCCGUCUCUUCACCAUCCCCUCCAUUGCCUUGGGUGUUCUUGGGUCCGCCGCUACGUUGCCGCCGAGGGAAGAGAGCGCGAAUUGUCGGUCUGUGUGCUGCGACGCCAUUGUUCCUUCAAUCUUCCCCAGCGGACGAGUUGGCAUCAAUUGCCACUGGGAUGAACUCCUCGACUGCGGCUUCAGUGGCCAGGUUGAUUCCUGCUGCGAGGCAAUCGUGCCUUUUGGAGUAAAGGAUGGCACCGGCAUCAGGUGCAGCCGCCGCCAGUAA